AUGACUAGCAGACGCGACUUCCUCAGCCAACCGGCGCCAGAAAACUAUGUGGCUGGUCUCGGCCGUGGUGCCACGGGCUUCACAACCCGGUCGGAUCUCGGUCCUGCGCGCGAAGGACCGAGCGAGGAUCAAAUCAAGGCCGCCGUCGCAAAACGGUCUGCCCAGCUCGGUCUGACCGAGCCGAAGGACGACGGCAAGGACGACGAUGAGCGGUACCAGGAUCCCGACAAUGAGGUUGGGCUUUUUGCUGGCGGCAUCUACGAGAAGGACGAUGAAGAAGCUGAUAAGAUAUGGAAAGAAGUCGACGAGAAAAUGGCCAAGCGCCGCCAAAAGCAGAGGGAAGCACGAGAAAAGGCCGAACGAGAGGAAUAUGAGCGCCAGAACCCCAAGAUCCAACAACAGUUUGCCGGGCUCAAGCGAGCGCUGGAGACGGUGACCGACGAAGAGUGGGCGAACCUACCAGACCCCAAGGACCUUACCGGGCGGACGAAGAGAGCGCGCCAAGCUCGCAUGCAGCGCUUCUAUGCCGUUCCCGACAGUGUCCUUGCUGCUGCUAGGGACCAGGGGCAGUUUGGCACGACCGUUGCCGACGACGGCACGGCCACCGAGGCGAACAAGGACGGCACCGUAACAGACUUCGCCAAGAUCGGCGCUGCCCGUGACAAGGUGCUCCGGGCCCGUCUGGAACAGCAAUCUCAGAGCAGCGGCAUUGCCACGGCUGGCAGCGCAACAAGCAUCGAUCCCAAGGGCUAUCUUACCUCGCUGUCCAACAUUCAGGGCGCCGAGCAAAGCAUCGGAGAUAUCGAGCAGUUCCGGAAGAUGUUGAAGUCUGCCAUCGACUCGAACCCGAAACAAGCGUCCAGUUGGAUCGCCGCUGCCAGACUCGAGAUUGCCGCCGGAAAGCCUGGCGCCGCGCGGAACUUGAUCGCAAAGGGCUGCCAGCACUGUCCGAAGAGCGAGGACAUCUGGCUCGAAAAUAUCCAUCUCAACGACAACCGCAGCGCCAAGGUCAUCGCGGCGCAAGCGAUCCAAGCCAACCCGCACUCGGUGAAGCUCUGGGUGGAAGCAAUGAAGCUGGAGAACGACCCGCGGUCCAGGAAAAAGGUCAUCCGGCGAGCCUUGGACCAUAAUCCGGAAUCUGAAGCGUUGUGGAAGGAGGCCGUCAACCUGGAAGAGGACCCCGCAGAUGCGAGGAUGCUGUUGGCCAAGGCCACGGAGCUCAUCCCUGAGUCGCUUGACCUCUGGCUGGCGCUGGCGCGCCUGGAGACGCCAGACAAUGCACGUAAGGUCCUCAACAAGGCGGUCAAGAAGCUCCCCAGCUCGCACGAAUUGUGGAUUGCUGCCGCUCGCCUGGAGGAGCAGUUGGGACAGGGCACCAAGAAACCGGUCAUGAAGAACGCCGUCGUCUUCCUUGCGAAGCAAAAUGCUAUGCCGAAGCGCGAAGAGUGGAUUGCCGAGGCGGAAAAGUGCGAGGAGGAAGGCGCCGUCGUCACGUGCAGCAACAUCAUCGAGGAGACGCUCGGCUGGGGUCUGGACGAGGACGAUGAUCGCAAGGAGAUUUGGAUGGAGGACGCCAAGGCGAGUAUCUCCCGAGACAAGUUCGCGACCGCCCGCGCCAUCUAUGCGUAUGCCCUGCGAGUGUUCCCCAACAGCAGGAGCCUCUACCUGGCUGCGGUGGAUCUGGAACGCAACCACGGAACCAAGGAUGAUCUGUGGCGGGCGCUCGAGAAAGCCGUGGAAGCCUGCCCCCACGCCGAGGUGUUUUGGCUCAUGCUCGCCAAGGAGAAAUCCGGGGAGAUCAACGAGGCCCGUCGGGUGCUGGCUCGGGCGUUUAAGCAGAAUCCCGACAACGAAGACAUAUGGCUGGCUGCGGUCAAGCUGGAAGCCGACAAUGGCUUCACCGAUCAAGCCCGCGACCUCCUCAAGACGGCGCGUCAAAAUGCUCCCACGGACCGUGUCUGGAUGCGCAGUGUCGCCUUUGAGAGGCAACUGGGCGCCAACGAAACCGCCCUGGAUCUGGUGCAGGAAGCCCUCCAGCUCUUCCCCGCGGCGCCCAAGCUGUGGAUGAUGAAGGGCCAGAUCUACGAAGACAUCGGCAAGGUGCCGGAAGCCAGAGAGGCAUACGGCACGGGCGUGCGAGCCGUGCCGUCCUCGGUGCCGCUCUGGCUCCUCUAUUCCCGCCUGGAGGAGCGCUCCGGCAACGUCGUCAAAGCCCGCAGCGUCCUUGACCGUGCGCGGCAGGCGGUGCCCAAGUGCCCCGAGCUCUGGACCGAGCUCAUCCGGGUGGAGCGGCGCGCGGGCAACAUCAACCAGGCCAAGAGCCUCAUGGCAACGGCGCUCCAGCAGAUGCCCAAGAGCGGGCUACUCUGGGCGGAGCGCAUCCUGCACCUCGAGCCGCGCACGCAGCGCAAGUCGCUCAUCACCGAGGCCAUCAAGAAAGUCGAGGACGACCCGGUCCUGCAGGUCACGGCCGCGCGCAUCCUGUGGGCGGAGCGCAAGCUGGAUCGGGCGCAGAACUGGUUCGAGCGGGCGCUUCUGCUGGACCGGGACAUGGGCGACACGUGGGCGUGGUAUUACAAGUUCCUGUCGCAGCAUGGCACCGAGGAGAAGAGGGCCGACUUGGUGGCCAAGUGCGUGCUGAAUGACCCGCGUCAUGGCGAGCACUGGCAGGCGGUAGCGAAGGACCCGAGGAAUGCGGGCAAGAAGACUGAGGAGAUAUUGAAGCUCGUCGCGGCCUCGUUGAGCUAG